UGUCAGUCUACGAACGCCCUUAGCCCGCCCGCUGCCACUUGACCACCUUGUUGAGCGCUGCAUCUCUGCCCGUUCCCUAUAGAGCAAAUCGCAUCGAUCCAUCAUGGCAGCUAGCCGCAGGGCCCCUGUCUCGAUCGAGUUUCUAUUAUUCACACCGUGCGUCUCCUGGAGCAUCACGCCAGACUUGUCCUAAACAUACAAAGCAGGCGUAAACAGCUCACAAAGAAAUUUUUCUUCGCCAAUGCUCCAUACAAUCUAUCGUCACCACUUUUCGAUUUCUGCGGCGGUGCUCUGAGACUCACGAGACGAAACGGAGCCCGAACCCGACGACGAAAGCAUAUUCGAAUCUCCUGCGCAGGCAUUACUCUCUGCUGCGCUUUACAUCCCGUCCACCAUCCGCACUGAGUCCGACGUCACCCACGCGAAGUAGUGGCGGUUCCCCUCACUCUGCCCGCGAGCCUCAGCAGCGGACAUUUGCGCCUCUGUUGGGCGGACAAGGAUCGUGAUCUAUUGGCACCUGGACCGGCCAUCAAUAAUAAUAGGCGAGUGACUGCCAAUUUUGGGGGGUGGUACUGGCUCUGGGCGUCCGAGUCAGUGGUUGGCCGGCGGAAGGAUCCCCCCUGGACAGAGAACUUUUGGUUCCACGGGCGGGUGGACUCAGCUGCACCUGCACCUGCGCCGCCGCCUGCGCCUGCGAUUUACGCCCCCGCGUCACUCUUUUCCCUGUCGUGCGAUCUUUGGCGAUCUUGAAGCGACAUCAUGCCUCCUCGUCUCCAAAUACACCACGGUACCUCAUAUUCUUCUAGACAGUCACCCAUUACAGUCAACGACGUAGUAGGUGCCCUGCAAAGAAAGUUGACAACCUACCAUCCCGAUCAACCGACGGUCAUCUCUCCAAGCCGCCCGGCCUUUUCCAUGGACAGUUUACUACAUCCCAAGAAGGACAAGAGGCGCGAACAAUCGAAAGACCGCGACAGCCAUGGCCACAAACGCAAGUCGCUUACCAUGCGCCAUUCGAGCAAAUCCAAAGAUCGCAGCUCGACUCACUCGCCUCGAGUAGUACCUAACCAGCCAGGCCGGUUUCAAAUGGUCAUUGAAUCUCCUCCUCUGGUCAUGUAUGGGAAUCCGAGCAACUCCACUGGAACUCUGCUCUCUGGCCGCAUCAACUUCUUCGUGGACGACCCAACUGGUCAGGUCCGUCUCGAUGAAUUCAACAUGGUCCUGCGUUCCACUGUGCAGACGAAGAAGCCAGUGAGCAAGGAUUGCAAGGAUUGCAUCGAGAAGACAGAAACACUUAAGUCUUGGACAUUCCUCUCUGAGCCCAAGACCUUUUACAAAGAUCAGGAUAACCAGUUCCCUUACUCCUACCUGUUCCCAGGCAACCUCCCCGCCAGUACAAACUCACAGCUGGCUUCAAUACAAUACUCGUUGGUGGCCACAGCGGUCACCUCCAAUGGCGAGAAAAUCCUUCUGACUCAUCCUUUGACGCUGCAAAGAGCCAUUCAACCUGGCCCGGACAAGUCGAGCAUUCGUAUCUUCCCACCGACCAACCUUACCGGGCGCGUCCAGCUACCACCUGUUGUGCACCCGAUUGGCACCUUCCCAGUCACCAUGUCUUUGAGCGGUGUGGUCGAGAAGAAGGGUGAAAGCCAAACUCGUUGGCGACUGCGAAAGCUUUCAUGGCGGGUUGAAGAGCAUUGCAAGGUCAUUUCGACUCCUUGCUCUAAGCACCAGCACAAAGUGAGCGAAGGCAAGACGAUGCUGCAUUCCGAAACUAGAGUGCUCGGCAAUGAUGAGCUCAAAAGUGGCUGGAAGACCGACUUCGACACCGCUGGUGGAGAAAUCAACAUGGAGUUCGAAGCCUCUUUGGCAACGAGAUCCAACCACAAAGCAUGCUGUGACGUGGAAUCUGCUGGAGGAAUUGAAGUCAAGCACAAUCUCGUGCUGGAGUUGAUUGUUGCCGAGGAAUUCUGCCCAAAUAAAAACACCCAGUUGAUUACUCCUACGGGCGCUGCCCGUGUACUAAGGAUGCAGUUUGCAUUGCUCGUCACUGAACGCGCCGGUAUGGGUAUCAGUUGGGAUGAAGAAAUGCCACCCAUGUACGAGGAUGUUCCAGCAAGCCCGCCGGGCUACGGUAGUUCCGACAGGAACGACGGUGCGUGGGGUGGUGCUAUCAUGGAAGACUACAAUGGGCCCGAGCUCGAGUAUGAACCACUCGAUGACAUGAGCAACCGGACAAGUGGCCUCACGUUACGUGGCCGACCUGAUAGUCAACCCCAAAGCCGAUCUCAGAGCCGACCUCAUAGCAGGAGUGACAGCCCUAUGGAAGGCUCAUCGAGACCGAGCACAGCUAGGAGACAGAUUGCGCGUUUCACCAACGACGAACUGGGUGCCGAACCCCCUCAGUACGCGCUCCGAGAAAGGGAAGAUCCCAGCAGUGGUGCUGAAGCCGGUCCUAUCGAGGAUGUAGAGGAAGCUGUGGCGACCCCUACUUUGCCCUAAUCCACAUCAAAAUGACUGCGAGGCAACACGCCUGUCAGCAGCGAUUGAACGACAGUCUUUAUGCUCUUCUUCAGCAUGUUACGAAACGAAACAAACGAAUUUCACUUUUGGAGUUCCAAGUGAGCGGAUAAUCGGAUUUGACAUGAUACCCUCGACAGUAGUAGCGGGUUGUUUUUGAGUCGGCACUUUACCUAGUAUGGUGUUUGAAAAGCAUUUGCGGUGUUGGACGGGGUUACAAGCAUUGUCGGAAGCUCUGGCCUUCCCGUUCCUACUCAUUAUCCAGUCUUUUGAGUACAGCGGAUUAAAUAUGAUGGUGCAGAGGCACAGGUUCGCGGCCCCGGGUUCACAGGUGUUUAUUCCAAAUAUGAUCCAGCAACCACAGAAUGGUACGAUAACCAGUCAAAACCCCAGAGCGAGUUUUGAACUGAGCCUCACAAGAGGGAGGGGUCUUCCACUUCUUAGAUUAGCGACAUAGACUUCUGUGACAAUCAUUAUAAUGACAAAGUCACCUAAUAAUAAUAAGACGGCGCUGUCAAGCUGUUACUACAAAAUACGGCUGUCUUUCAGUACCUUCCUACCUUAUACGGACUAUUUUCUCUUUUUCAGUCUCGAGAUUGU